GCUGAACGUCCUCGUCCUCGGAGGAGACUCUGGCUUCGUGGAGCUGUUUGCGUACGGGAUGUACAAGAUCGCCACUCUGACCGGGGUGUCAGGAAGCUGCCGCAGCCUCAGUCUCUCUGGAGACCUGAAGUCUCUCUCCGUCAUCACAGAGGUCAAAUCUGCUGACAACCAGCUUCAGAUCUGCUACCUGCAGUUGGACACUUGCCUCCUCUCCUCCUGCCUCCCGGAGGUGACCCGGAUGUCUCGUAAGUUCACCCACAUCUCGACUCUCCUUCAGUACCUGCACCUGUCCCUCACCUGUAUGUGUGAGGCCUGGGAGGACAUCCUGCUGCAGAUGGACCUGCGGCUCACCAAGUUCGUCCAGGAGAAGAACACGAGCACUCAGGUUCAGGACGAGUUCCUGGAGCUGCUGCUGUGGGGACAAUCAAGCCCUGAGCUCCAGGCUCUGCUGAUGAACCAGCUGACGGUGAAGGGUCUGAAGAAGCUGGGUCAGUCCAUCGAGUCGUCGUACUCCAGCAUCCAGAAGCUGGUGAUCAGCCACCUGCAGAGUGGCUCUGAGGCUCUGCUGUACCACCUGAGUGAGGUGAGGGGCAUGUCUCUGUGGAAGCAGAAGUUCGAGCCCCUCGGUCUGGACGCUGCAGCGCUAGAAGGUGCGAUCACAGCUGUUGGCUCAUUUUCUCUGAAAGCAAACGAACUCCUGCAGGUGAUAGACAAGAGCAUGAAGAACUUUAAAGCCUUUUUCCGCUGGUUGUACGUAGCCAUGCUGAGGAUGUGUGAGGAGCACGUUCCUCCAGAGCUCAACAAGAUGACCCAGAAGGACAUUGCCUUCGUGGCUGACUUCCUGUCGGAGCACUUCAGUGAGAACGAAGAGCUGUUUGAUCGCAAAGGGAAAUACUUUAACGUGGAGCGAGUGGGCCAGUAUCUGAAGGACGAGGACGAGGAUCUGGUUUCCCCCCCCAACACCAAGGGGAACCAAUGGCUGAGGUUCCUGCAGGAGAGCGCCCACCUGAAGGAGAGCCCCCUGCUGUUCCCCUCGUUCCCUCAGAAGUCUCUUCACUUCGUUAAGAGGAUGAUGGAGGGCGUCAUCGAGCAGUGUCUCCAGAAACCUGCAGAGGUGAUUGGCCGGUCUGUCACGCAGGCUGUGUUCCUGCCGCUGUACGCGCUGCCAGAGAGCUCUGAAAACACACCCCGGCUGUUUGAGCUGCCGUCACUGUGGAACGAUAAGAAGAACAAACUGCAUCACGUGGUGUUCUGCAUGCCGGAGGGUUCCCCCUGCAAAGUGUUCCUGCUGCGCAGAGGAACCGACCCGCACAGACGCAUCCCUCACAGCGUGAUCUCCAUGGACCUGUCCCGUCCUCUGGAGGCUGAGGGAGACGCUGCAGCUCAGCCUCACCAGGUGUACAGCUGCAUGGACGCUCGUUUCUAUGACGACGAGAUGCUGACGGUGGUGCUGCAGGCGUCGGAGGAGGAGGGCAGGAGGCGGGUCUUAGCUCAGCUUCCUCUCUCUGCAGCGCUGAGCAACGAGGAGGGGGAGGAGUUCAGCUGGGAGCCCGGACUCAGGCUGGACCAGCAGAGCGGCUCUGUCCCGUGUCAGAGUCUGGUUCUGGGGAACCAGUGGAGGGAGCUGGAGAACAUGAAGGCCCAGUUUGUGGCUGUGAACGGCAUCAGGAAGGUGGCCUGUGUGCUGAGUGGGAACCUGAGGCACAUCCGAGUGUUUGAGAUGGACGUGGAGGAUGAGGAUGAGGAAGGAGGAGAGUCUCAGAACGCCAGCGCUGACCAGGAGGUUCUGGAGUCCUCCAUGACCAGUGAGGGUCCUGAGGGGAAGGAGGAGGAGGAGGAAGAGGGGGGGGGGAACAAGAUGGAGGAGCAGCUGGAGUCAGAGGAAGCCCUGGACAUCUCUUAGUACUGACAGAAGAUAAGACUGGCUCCGUGACAAGGAUGUAGUGUUUGUAUGAGAAAUAAAAAUGUUUGUGUUCACAAUUGUU